AUAUGAACUCUUACGUCAAUAAAUAUUAUGCAAUUUUCAAGGAAUUCUUUAUUAGUUGUUUAAUUUUCAUUCAAUUGCAUUCACCACAGACAUGAAGUUUUUUCUUUGUUUUACCAUUCUUUUUAAUAUUUUCUUCAUUGUUGAAGGUUUUCUCGACUUUGAAGUUUGCUAUGGUGAACUUGGUUGCUUCUCAAAUGGAGGGGAAUUCACAACAAUAGAAAGACCAAUUACUUUCUUACCAAACACUCCCCAACUUAUCGGAACACAGUUUUUCCUCUACACAAGAAAAAACCCCUACAAUGCUUCCAUAUUGGUUACUCAUGAUGAAGAAGGACUUGCAGAAAGCAAUUUCAAUGGUAAAAGACCAACCAAAUUCAUCAUUCAUGGUUUUCAAAGUUCCGGAGGUUUUCCAUGGGUGAAGGAAUUGGUUAAAGAAUUAUUGAUACAUGAUGAUUACAAUGUGAUCGUCGUUGACUGGACAAAUGGUGCCAGUGUAACGUAUGGCCGAGCAGCAUCCAAUACUCGUGUUGUAGGUGCACAAAUUGCAGUUCUGGUCAAAUUUCUUAACGAGAAAGCUGCUAACGACCCAAAGAAAACUCACAUAAUAGGACACAGCCUUGGAGCUCACACUGCUGGUUAUGCUGGCGAAAGAAUAGCAAAUCUCUCCCGAAUAUCUGGUUUGGAUCCUGCAGCUCCCUAUUUUGAGUCAACAGAUCCCAAGGUUCAUCUCGACUCAACCGAUGCUGAUUUUGUGGAUGUCAUUCACACAGACACUGGUGACAUCAUAGAUUUCUCUCUUGGAAUGAAUGCUCCUGUUGGAGACGUCGAUUUUUACCCCAAUGGAGGACAUUUCCAGCCUGGUUGUACACAAUCCAAGAUUCCAGGUUCAAUCAUCGGGGGAAUCCUUAAUAUAAUAAAUAAAGCCAACGACAACGUUGCCAAUAUAUUCUCGUGCAGUCAUAAAAGAUCUCAAUAUUUUUAUAUUGAAUCGAUUAACAGUCGUUGUCCCCUCAUAAGUUACCCCUGUAAUACAGUUGAAGAUCUUCAUAGUGGAAAAUGCUUUUAUUCACUUGGUCACAUUGGAUUGAUGGGGUUUCAUGCUGAUAAAUCCUUAGGAAGAGGCAAACAGAUGCUGGAAACCUUUGCUUCCGUUCCAUACUGUGCUUACGAAUUCCAGGUAAACAUAUCAGGAUUAUCAACAAUUAAUGGAAAAAUCCAUCUGGAAUUUACUGGAGUCAAAGGCAAAAGUGAAUACUUUAACAUCACUGAUGGAAUAAAGCUCCUAUCUCCACACACACCUAUUGCUGAAGUAAUUAAAAGCCGCAGAGAUAUUGGAGAACUUCUGUAUGUGGAUGUAUUGUAUGAAGAAACUGAAAAUUUUAUUAAAGUAUUCUUUGAGGAUGACUGGAAACUGGAGUUUUUUGAUGUCUUUGAUGCCAGGCACCGAAAGAGAUAUACGUUUUGUGUGAAAAAUCUGAAGAUCACAUCGAAAAAGACCAGGAGAUUUGAUGUCAGGAAUCCUUGUCCAAAGAAAAUAAUUCAAAAUUACUAAAGUCUGAAGAAGAACCAAAAAUAUUUCGUAUGAACUGAAGUUUGAAGAUCAAGGGAUGCUGAUUA